UAAUUUUUUUUCUUCUCUCUAAACAAAAUCAAACCAAACCCUUAUUCCAUUUUUCCUCUUUUAAUUUCUCCCUUUUGCUCUCUCUGUGUGUGAAAAAAAAAUGAAAAUGGAGGAUUUGGACCCAACUGCAUGUUUCAUGGUGGAUGAUGACCUUCUCAACUUCUCUUUGGAAGAUGAAACUGUUGAAGAAGAUGAUGAAAAAUCAACUAUUACUAGCAAAGACCCACUUUCUUAUUCUUCUUCGUCUUCAACAAACCCUCUUGUUAGUCUUCUUCCCCACCCUGAAUGUGUAGAAGAAGAAUUGGAAUGGCUGUCAAACAAAGAUGCAUUUCCAGCGAUAGAGUUUGGCAUUCUUUCCGAGAACCCGGGUAUGGUAUUUGAUCACCAUAGCCCGGUUUCGGUGCUGGAGAAUAGUAGCAGCACUAGUCACAGCAGUGGCAAUGGUGUUGUUAAUGGAAAUGCUUAUACGAGCUGCUGUGUCAACUUAAAAGUUCCGGUUAAUUACCCUGUUCGUGCACGGAGCAAGAGAAGACGUAGAAGACGGAGAGGUGGGUUUGCUGACAUGCCAAGCGAGCAUUGUCUGCCGGUGACACAACCAAGUUUCAAGAACGUUAAGCAGCGUGAGCCAUUGCUUUCGUUACCAAUGAAUUCAGCUAAGAGUGCUGCUAGCAUUGGGAGGAGGUGCCAACACUGUGGAGCUGAUAAGACCCCACAAUGGCGGGCAGGCCCUCUGGGGCCGAAAACACUGUGUAAUGCUUGUGGGGUGCGCUAUAAGUCAGGCAGGCUGUUGCCAGAGUAUCGCCCGGCUAAUAGCCCUUCUUUCUCGGCUGCUGCGCAUUCCAACUCCCACCGGAAGGUUUUGGAGAUGAGAAAGCAUAAGAUUGGAGUGGGAGGAAUGUUGAUUCAUGAAGCUUGUGGAUAUAGAGUAGAACAGUAGUGAGUCAUCUGCAGCGUCUUUUCGGAUAUUUUUCUUCAUUUACUAUAGUUAGCAUAGACUAUAGGUUUUUGUUGUAAUGGUCUUGAUGGUCAGUGAUUUGCUUUGGUUUUCCAUCAAAAUCCACUAGGAAUUUUGAACUUAGUUUGUUUUAUUAUAUGCUUUUAAGAUAGAAAUCCAGAAAGAAGAGCUCCUAACAAAGAUUUGGUUGUUUUUU